AUGGAAAAUGACAUUCCACUGAUCUUGUGUAAGUUGGAGAGAAUAUUUCCUCCUGCCUUGUUUGAUUCUAUGGAGCAUGUUGUGGUGCAUCUUGCAUACGAGGCUAGACUUGGUGGGCCGGUUCAAUAUAGAUGGAUGUACCCGUUCGAAAGGUUCAUGUGUUAUGCAAAACGUGCCGUGAAAAACAAAGCUAGGGUCGAAGGCUCAAUUUGUGCAACAUACUUACACCGCGAAACAAUUUACUUUUGUUCGCAUUACUUCAAAGACACGUUGUCAUCAAGCCAUAUUCGCAAUGAAACUGAAACAUCUCGGCCUGUGAGAAUUCACCCAUUAAACAUGUCAAUAUUCAGCUUGCCUGGUCGUAAUGGUGGUGGUGAGAAAGUGUUGUAUCCUGGUGACAAAGUUCUCUAUUCGGCGCAUGUUCACUUGCUGAUUAAUUGCAAUGAAGUCGAGCCCUAUUUACAAUUUGAUGAUAUUCCACCACCACCGGGUGUCGGACGCGGAGGACGCGGACGCGGGGGACGUAGACGUGCUUUACCCCGCCGCGUUGUUCGGAAUCGAUGGUUGGAGGGUAUGCCCAAGUCUAGAACUGUAUAUGGUGUGGAAGAGGAGUACGACUCCUACGAUGACGAUGAUGACCACGAGGACGAGGAAAUUGCCGAUAUUGCACUUCUAGCUCCUCAAAAUGAAUUGUUGGUUGACCGGUAUGGUAGACCCAUCAUCAUGCCAUAUACCGCCACAGAUUUGCAACCCCAAAAUGCGGCGACGAAGGCAAUCAAUUAUGCAUUGAAAUCCAAAUUCCAGGCUCCAUAUCUCAACUGGACGGAGGUCAGGGCAGAUGAGCGUGGAUAUCAACAAUUUUGGAAUGGCUUCAGGUCGCAAGUAACUUGGCUAAAUCACCACACAGCGGCUAUUGAGGCUAUAUUCAACAAAAAAGCCACCAAGCGUCUGUCGACCUUACUUUUUGAAGCACGGAAAAAGGUUAAAAAGGAUCCUUCAAAACCACCACUUUGGCUCGCUGGUAAUUCAUACCCUAUGUUGUGCCUCAGAUGGGAAGAGGAAGAAUAUAAGGCAAAGUGUCAAAAGAACAAAGCCAACAGAAAUACUGAUGAAGCCAAUCGUGCGUGCGUACACUCUGGAGGGUCGAAAUCUGCCGGAACGCUUCGUCUUGAGUUCAUUCAACAAUUUGGUCGUCCACCCACCUUUAUGGAAAUGAAUGACAUGAUGCACAAGUAUGCAGAUUCCGGUGAAUGGACGGGGGCAAGGGCGCAAGAAGUUUCGAGGUUGACGCAAAUUUGGGCUGAAGAAUAUAAUGCCAGCCAACUACGACUACCACCUCAUAGGCGAGAUAAUGAGGAGGUUCGUCGAAACAAGAUGUCGUUGGCUUUUGUUAAGAAUGCUGGUGGUGCGAAUCGAGGUCGCAAAUUCGCUGCUGGGUGUACAUCUUCUUUAUAUGAAAGUGACCCAACUGAUUUGAGAGAUGUCACUUACACAUCUUCAUCAUCUAGAUCUAGUAUGAGUACAGGACGCUCUCGUCCAGCUCAAAGAGAGGAAACCGAUGAUGAGUAUGAAGCGCGAAUGAGGGCCACGUAUCGAGAAGAAUUCCACGAAGAGUACGAAGCAACAUUUGAUCAGCGGGUGGACCAACGGGUCCAACAUGUAUUGCAGGAAUUCUUUGCGCAGCAGAGGGCGCCGGCGCCGGCGGGGGUUGGAUCAUCAUCUCAGGGAUCAGCACGACAAAAUCAAAAUGCCGGUGAACAAGAAUAUCGAUCGGAUUUGAAUAGCAUGGUCAAUUUGAAUCAGCUGCCGGAGUACCGAGAGGGUGAUCCAGUACUGAGUAUGAGCAUAGAGGAUAUGAGUCAAAUGCUUAAUGAACCAAUUCAUUUACAAUUUUUUGAUCCUGUUGGGCAAACAAGUGGAAGCAGUAGUGGCGGAAGCGGUAGAAAUAAUCAACAAACUGCUUUCACCGAAUACCAUCGACAGAGAUCAUCAAAUCCAUAUCAACAAAACUUCAUAAUCCCACAUGACAACCCCAAUCAACCCCAAGACAACUUCUUCCCGAAUCAAGCCAGCUUUGAUCCCAAUCAAGCCCCAAUUAACUUCGUUCAUAGGCCUGUGGCAUGACCUCCGCGAACGUCACUCCCCCCAGUCAUAAUAAAUGAGGGAGGUAGAGGCCGAGGCCAAGGAAGGCCGCGUCAGCCAACAUACAGUGGCAAGGGGAAGCGACCACUAUAUCAGCCGCCUGACCAACCUUGAUGUGUAAUUUUAAUUAUCUGUUGUUGAUUUAAUUAUUUGUAUAACAUAACGACAAUUUAUAUUAUGUUUAAUUGUUUUC